GCAAAUCCUGCUUAAAUCGAUAUGGUAGGCUGUGACAUAAAAAUGGUAUGGGAAUCAACUGAUCCUCAAAACAUGGAUAUAAAAAAGCAUUGAAUGUCCAAUCUAUAAAUGAUUAUAUGAAUUCAGAUGCUUCGGAAUGACUGGUAUAGACGUUUGCUAUAAUUACUUAUAUAUUUUUCUAUGGAUUAUAUUUCAUGCAAAUGAAGCUUAAACUAACCUUAUUGUACGAUUUUUUGAAACAAAUAGAACUUUUAAAUCAGUAAAGUUAACAAAUGUAAUAAUACGCAUUUAUUUAUUCAAUUAAGUAAAUCUAGUUUCACAUAACUUUAAUUUCAAUGAUGUACUGACCAUUUGGAGGUUAGGUAUAUAUACGUAUGCGCCAUAUCUUCUUUGGGAAUAUCUAUAAAAUACUCAAAUAAUUUACAAAACGACGAGCGAUGGCAGAGGAAAAUCACUGCAUGUAUUUUGUGAAAAGAAAGGGGCGUUAUUGUCGAAUGACAGUGAAGAAAGGAAAGAAAUACUGCGGUGAACAUCAAAACGUCUCGUCCGAAUUGAAUUGUCCUGAAGUACUUGAAAAUAAACGAAUAACAUGUCCACUUGAUCCGACUCAUACGUGUUAUGAGUCUAAACUGGCAAAACACCUACGGAUGUGCAAUGCAAAGCGUUUGAACGAUGCACGACCAUCGUUUAUCAUAAAGGGAAUUAAUGCUAACGAGAUGCGCGAAGCACCACAGCAUGUGCCUCUUUCGAAAUUCAAUGAUCGAGUAAUAGGCACAGUUAUAGACAAAGUGAAAGCUGUUUACGAAACAUUACCCCAAUUUCCUGAAAUAGUAUUGGAGCAUCAAAUACUUAAGGAUAAAAUAGAUGACAACUCUUGCGGGAAAUCUACCAAGAAACAUCUCCUGCAAAAUUCGUCAUUGCUGUCGCAUUUGGAACAUGCAAAUCUCGUGAAAGACGAUACGUGUUUCAUUGAAUUUGGGGCUGGAAAGGGCAAAUUAACAUACUGGUUGGGCCAAAUAAUAAAACACAAGAAAGACUGUUGUAUUUUAUUAGUAGAUCGUUCGAGUCACAGGCAUAAGAAUGAUAAUAAAUUAAGAAACGAACAGUCUCUUCUCCUGGUGGAAAGAAUACGUGCCGACAUUGCAGAUUUGAAGCUGAAUGAUGUGACAGAAAUUCAGAGAUUCAAACAUAAAGUUGGCAUUGCGAAACACUUAUGCGGAGUAGCUACAGAUUUAACUCUAAGCUGCAUAGUUCAAGCAAUUCAAAGUGAACCUAAAUGCAAUGUCACUGGUAUAAUCAUUGCAUUCUGUUGUCAUCAUAGAUGCGAAUACGCGUCGUACGUUGGAAAAGAAUACUUGGAACGGUGUGGGUUUACGCCAAAUGAAUUUACAGUUUUGUGUAGUAUCGCCAGCUGGGCGACUUGCGGAUUUGGCUUAAAGGCAGCUAAUACUUCAAAAACUCAAAGUGACUCAGAACAGACGAAAACGGACGUAAAAAACUUAAGUUCAAAUGAGAGGGAAAAGAUCGGUCGGAAAGUAAAAUCAUUAUUGAAUUGGGGUCGUUUAGAGUACUUGAAGAAAAUUGGAUUUCGAAGCGAUCUGAUUUAUUAUACCACUACCGAUAUAUCGCUAGAAAAUAUGUGUAUAGUGGCAACGAAACACGAAAUGUAACAAUUGAUUAACAUAGGCAAACGAAACAAAUUUUUAUUGUAGUA